GGCCCCCGGGCUGUGCCUCCUGCCCCAGGGAGUGCCCUCCAGCCCUGGGCUGUGCCCUCUGGCCCUGGGGGGGUUGCUGUGCUGGGAUAAGCUGGUUCUGGCACCGGGAUGGCCCCGCUGUCCUUGCCCCGCUGCCUCCGGAGGGUGAGCCCAGCCGCCGCGGAGGAAGGGCUGUGGGGGUCCCGCGGUGGGGAUGGCACAAAGAGGGGUGAGGCCAGGCCCCGGGGUGCCCCCGCGUGCUGCCAUGGCUGCGGGCAUCGUGCGGCCCCUGCCCGAGCUGCGCCUGCCCUCGCCCUUCCCGCACGGCCUGCUGCUGCCUGCACACUCCCAGCCCGACUUCCCCGACCUCUCCGAGGAGGAAGAGGAGGAAGAGGAGGAAGAGGAGGAGGAGGAGGAAGAAGAAGCAGCAUCAGAGGAGAGCGUGAGGCCGCAGCCGGACACCCCCAGCGCCGCCGAGACGACCCUGCAGCUCCUCAAGUUCUCGGAGCUCAUCAGCUGCGACAUCCAGCGGUACUUCGGGCGGCGGGGCCGGGAGGAGCCGGCGGGCAGCCACGGCGUGCCCGAGGACUGCGGCUCGCCAGCGCACAGCCAGGCCCAGCUUGAGCCCGCGGCGGCGUGGGGCAGCGCCGGGGCCGCGCACAGGCUGGGGCCGCUGGCUGAGCUCUUCGAGUACGGCGUGCACCGCUGCCUGUCGCCGCGGGCGGCCGGCGGCAAGACGCAGCGGCUGGAGAGGAAAUACGGCCACAUCACCCCCAUGCACCGCAGGAAGCUGCCGCCCUCCUUCUGGAGGGAGCCGGGCCCCGGCCCCGCCGGCCUCCUCCACGCCGGCACCCCCGACUUCAGCGACCUCCUGGCCAACUGGACGGUGGAGCUGGGGCCGGAGCUGCCGGGCGCCGGGCGGGAGCCGCCGCCUGAGCCCGAGCGCCCGGGGCUGGAGCCCGAGGCCUUCGCCGGGCUGUGACCCUGCCAUGGUCCCCGGCCACGCCACACGCCACACGGUUAAUGACAAAGCCGGCGGGGCCGGGGCCGGAGCCGCCCACGGGACGAGCGAAUAAAUGA